AUGCAAAUUGAUAAUGCCUUGUGUGAUUUAGGAGCUAGUGUGAGCACUUUGCCAUACUCAGUAUAUCAAAGACUAGAGAAGGGAGAACUUUUACCUACCAACAUUACCUUGAAAUUAGCCAAUAGAUCAAUUAAGAUCCCAAGGGGCAAGGUAGAGGAUGUUCCCUUAAGGGUAGGAAAGUUCAUUAUUCCAGUAUAUUUUGUGGUCCUUGACAUAGAUGAGGAUUCUACAAUUCCUAUUAUUCUUGUUAGACCAUUUCUUGCUACUUCGGGUGCUUUGAUUGAUGUCAAAAGUGCUAAGAUUUCACUUAAAAUUGGAGAUGAGGGAGUUGAAUUUGAUUUGAAUGAAAGUAUAAAAUAUCCUUCUUCAUCUCUUGAGAAUUGCAUGAGAGUUGAAAUUUUAGAUAAUCUUGUACAUUCAAUGCAUGAGCACUUGCUCACAACUAAUGAUCCUCUUUAG